AUGCCGUUUUGGCCGCAACGUAGUGCAUACGCCGCUCAAUGUAAUAAAUAUGGAAGGCGAUGUGCCCGACACAAAGACUGCUCGUGUCAAAAUGAGGACCUCCGCUGUAAAUCUGUAUUCCUGAAGCGCAGAAAAGAAUGUAUGCCAGCAAAUAAAUAUGAAGUCGCUAUGUUUUAUUUGCCGAGUACGCCUUCUCCUGAAAAGUGCUUCAAGUACCAGCAUCAAUGUUACCAUGACAACGAUUGCAAAUGCGAGUAUGGCGAGUACUUAUACUGUAAACAAUUAUCAAUGGAUACGAAGGGGUUAUGUCUGACAUCGAAUGAAGAUCUUCCUUCGUGGUUUACACCUUUCUCUCCCACAUAUAAGCCCCCAACCACCACUUCCCCCAAGCCAACUACUCCCACCUCCCCAGCAACAACAACGAAAUGGCAAUGCGAAAACCUAGGUACAAGAUGUGUAGAAGAUACCGAUUGUUCAUGUGAGCAUUCCAAUGAACUGUGGUGUGUCUAUUUCCCUGAGAUGCAGGAUCUUUAUUGCCUACCAGAAGAAUGGGAUCCUACAGAUGACCCACCUAUUUCAUCUCGAGGCACACAACCCCCACCUAUUAGUGAGCGAUGUCGGAUGUUUGCAAAAUAUUGUUCCAGCCACACUGAUUGUUUUUGUGAGGAAUCAGACGAUCUUAGAUGUGUAUACGUCCACGAAGAGAAAGGGCAUUUCUGUUUACCAGAUGGCUGGACUCAGGGAGCACCGCCAACACGUGAAUACCCACCAAGCACAACCAAACCUCCACCAACUACAACCAAAUGUCUGCCCACUUUAAUCACAAGAUCACUUACUGUCGCCACAAACCUGCCUAGCAAAGAAGAAACCUCAAAGGCAAGGAACAAUCCAUGGUGGAAUCCUGCAAAAUAUGGCACCAGCACUCUAGAUGGUGGAAGCGGGCAAGGAGGGAGCCCUUACACCGAAACCCCUCCUAUUACGAAAUCACCAUGGAAUCUCUGGGGAACGAAAACCCUCUCUGUUGGCAAAACGAAGGGAGAUCACAUCACAUUAAUUGCCUCCAAGAAGUUAACGCUUAACAUUCCUGUCGAGUCACUUCAAGAAGUUAUCAAUGAGUUAGAUGAGAAGAAACUCGUAAAAUAG